AUGACGAGAACCAUCCUGACGGACCGCAAGCACACCCUGGCGAGAGUACCUCGAGAACAUCGCAGCGGUCAAAUCUGCUCAUCCCGCCAUCACUUGCGCUCCGCCAGUAUACGGCCCUGUUCAGAAGGUUACCGUGACGAAGACAGUCACGGCUAUGAAGAGGAUGAAAUCAGUCAAAGCAACUGGUCCUGA